UAAACACAACAGGCGUAAUGAUCCGUAAAUUCACCAGUAGCAGAAAGAUGUCCUCAAUAUCGUCUGCAUUACAUAAUGUUUUGGACAAAAUAGAAUCUGCCAAAGAGAAGAGAAAGACAGACAAUGGGGAGUUUCCAGUGACCUCCAGGCUGGUGGCGGUGUCUAAGACCAAGCCCCCCAGCUCUGUAGUGGAGGCCUACAAGUGUGGACAGAAGCACUUUGGGGAAAACUAUGUCAAUGAACUAUCUGAGAAGUCCAUUGCCCCAGAGAUCCAAUCAGAAUGCAAGGAUAUAAAAUGGCAUUUUAUAGGACAUCUUCAAAGUAAAAAAGCAGGAGCAUUAGUCUCAUGUCCAAAUCUCUUUAUGGUGGAGACAGUGCAUUCAGACAAAAUUGCCAAUGUAUUGAACAGACAGUGGGAGUCCAAAAAGAAAGAGGGGAAGCUAAAAGUGAUGGUACAGGUCAACACAAGUAAUGAGGAAAGUAA